CUGCUGGGAAGGACCUACGUGCCCAGAGCUAGGUCUUCGGCGGCUGGGAUGGCAGGUCAGCGAGUGUUCCCACUUUCCUGUGUGGUGCAGCAGUAUGCCUGGGGGAAGACGGGCUCCAACAGCGAAGUGGCACGCCUGCUGGCCAGCAGUGACCCGCUGGCCCAGAUUGCAGAGGACAAGCCCUAUGCAGAGUUGUGGAUGGGCACACACCCCCGGGGGGAUGCCAAGAUCCUUGACAACCACAUCUCCCAGAAGACCCUAGGCCAGUGGAUUGCCGAAAACCAGGACUGCUUGGGUCCAAAGGUCAAAGAGACCUUUAAUGGCAAGCUGCCCUUCCUUUUCAAAGUGCUCUCGGUGGAAACAGCCCUGUCUAUCCAGGCACACCCUAACAAGGCGCUGGCAGAGAAACUGCACCACCAGGCGCCCCAGCACUACCCUGAUGCCAACCACAAGCCAGAGAUGGCCAUCGCUCUCACCUCCUUCCAGGGCUUGUGUGGCUUCCGGCCAGUUGAGGAGAUUGUGACUUUCCUGAAGAAGGUACCCGAGUUCCAGUUCCUGAUUGGAGAUGAUGCUACCACACAGCUGAGGCAGAGCCUGGGCAGCGACUCCCAGGCCAUGGCUUCUGCUCUGCGGAGCUGCUUUACCCAUCUGAUGAGGAGCGAGAAGAAGGUGGUGGUGGAGCAGCUUAACUUGUUGGUGAAACGGAUCUCCCAGCAAGUGUCUGCUGGAAACAGCAUGGAAGACAUCUGUGGGACGCUCUUGUUGGACCUGCACCAGCAGUACCCAGGUGACAUUGGGUGUUUUGCCAUCUACUUCCUCAACUUGCUUACCUUGAAGCCAGGGGAAGCCAUGUUUCUGGAAGCCAACGUGCCCCAUGCCUACCUGAAGGGAGACUGUGUGGAGUGUAUGGCAUGCUCGGACAACACAGUGCGUGCUGGCCUGACACCCAAGUUCAUCGAUGUCCCAACUCUGUGCGAGAUGCUCAACUACACCCCUACCGCCAGCAAGGACAGGCUCUUUCCCCCAGAACAGAGUCAGGACGACCCCUACCUCUCCAUCUAUAACCCCCCCGUGCCAGACUUCACUGUGAUGAGGAUGCAGGUCCCUGGUUCUGUCACUGAAUACAAGGUCUUGGCACUCAACUCUGCCAGCAUCCUCCUAAUGGUGCAGGGGACAGUGACAGCCAGCACGCCCACCGCCCAGGCAGCAAUCCCCCUGCAGCGUGGUGGGGUGCUCUUUAUUGGGGCCAAUGAGAGCGUCUCCCUGAAGCUCACUGAGCCCAAGGACCUGCUGAUAUUCCGCGCCUGCUGUUUGCUGUAAGGGUCAGAGCCUUGUUAGCAAGUCCUGGCCAGGCCCACUCCUUUUCCAGCCGGAGCCCUGGUCCUGCUGCGCACUUUCUGGGUACACCCUAGAAGAGCGGGCAUAGUGAACCUGGUGGCAGCGACUCCACACCAUGCCCAGGCUGAACCAUCUUCAGGAUGAGGAGCCCAUCUGAAGACUGAGGCCUGACACUCCACUCUUUCCUCAACACUCCUUGCCACAUCCGAGCCAGGCUUGUGUCCACUCAGAAGGUAGCAGCUCUGACCCAGCUCAAGCAUUAGGCUGUGUGGAAAUCUGUGACCCAGCAUUAUAAUAAUGCUCAACACCUAUUUGAGUGAUGGGCAAGGUAAUGUCUUAAGAACAGCGUUCCUGCCCUGGGACUGGCUGCAGGGGAGAAAGACCUGUGGACUGAUGUAGCUUGCACUUUUCCUCCAGCUCUGUCAAAGCAAUUAAACUCGUGUGUGUUCAGGCUGCAGGGUAAA